AGAAGGAUGGAAGGUGUAGAAGUUUGUGAAAGGAUGUUCACGUUAGUUCACUGUGGAAGUUGGUCGCGUUCGGUGCUUGCGACAAGUGAGAUGUGCCGUGGGGGUGAAACGGAGAGAUAGAUGUGUCAAUAUAAUGUGCCGUGUGAAGUGAUUGUGUGUCUGUGUCCACCACCAAUUCUAGCGUUCCUUCACCAACAUAGGAAGACUUUCUCUACCGAAGAUGUCAAGCAUGGACGCGCGUUGUUUGAAAAAACUAGGAUUUAAACUGAAGAGAGAGAGAGCUCAGUUGCUACCGAACUUUAUCAUUUAAAUCCCACCCGAGACUUGGGUUACACAUAUUACCAAAAUCUUGCACGUUGGAAAGAAAACAAACGUCCUGGUGUCUGGAUCAUAUAUCGAGAAUCAGUUGGGCAGCAGAACAAGGAAUCAGGUAGCGGUGAAUGAACGACGCGCCAUUUUCAAACAGUCGGCUAAGCAAACCAUAACCUACAACAAGUUCAGACAUUUUUAUAUGUGAAAUUAAUGUCAGUUUCUUUAAUAUCGUGAAAAUAUACACUGGAGUAGGGCAAAAGUUCUUGUAAGGACCGUCACGGACAGGUUUAAUUAAAGUGACAAGGUGUCCUUUGCUGCGUAUCCUAGACUGUACAACAGGUAGUGAAACUUAAUGCACCUUUUACGUUUAAUUCUGUUUAUUUCUGAGAUUUCCGUGAAUUUGUACAAAGUAUUUAUAGUGUUAGCGUUAAAUUCCGACAAAGUGCGUGUUACCACCUGCGCACUUACUUCACCCUCGUCACCACCACACACCGUUGUGAAUGUUGUUGAGCCAACAGGGGAUAACAACCCCAAUUUCAGCAGUCUAAAUGUGGAUAUUUUGGAUAUUGAGUUUAAUGCUGCAAAAGUGGUGGUGUAGCAAAGGACUGCAGGAACCAGACCAAUAUGGUGGCUGCUACUGCCAGCUCAAGAACUCCCCCUCUAUCUUACACGCAGAGGCCCGCGGGAGCCAAAACACUGCGACAAUGCGCCACUAACCAUAACGACGACAUCUUCAUCCGGACCAGCUGGGCGGAUGCAGCUGUAGCGCUAGCUCAGAUCGAGAAGGGUAAAGCGACCGGGGAGCGGGCAGCCCUGUGGCUGAGGGCGCGCCUCCAGAGCCAGUUGUUUCAGCUCGGCUGUUUCCUGCAUCGUCACGCCGGGAAAGUGCUCUUCGUGGCCAUCCUCGUGCUCGCGACGUUCUGUGUCGGCCUCAAGUCAGCGCAGCUGCACACUCGUGUCGACCAGCUCUGGGUGGAAGAGGGCGGUCGUUUGGAGCGCGAACUGCGGUACACCCAGGCGGCUUUGGGCGAAGCAGACGCCAGCACCCACCAACUCGUCAUCCAGACGCCACGCGAUCCCGAAGCAUCGCUCCUUCACCCUGCGGCGCUCCUGUCACACCUGGACGUCGUCAAGGCUGCCACCAGCGUCACGGUGCAGCUCUUCGAUAUAACUUGGAGACUGAAAGACAUGUGUUAUUCGCCCAGUAUUCCGGACUUCGAUGUACACUACAUAGACCAAAUAUUCGAAAAUAUAAUUCCGUGUGCCAUUAUAACGCCAUUAGAUUGCUUCUGGGACGGCUCAAAACUUCUGGGACCAGAUUAUCCUGUUAACAUACCAGGCGUGGGCUCCAAGGUGCGCUGGACCAACCUCAAUCCCCAGAAACUGAUCCAACAGAUGAAGCCCUUUGGCUCAGCGUUCCCAUUCGACACGCUAGAAGACUACAUGAAAAGGGCGGGGAUAAGUUCGGGUUAUCAAGAAAAGCCGUGCCUUGACCCAGGGGAUUCCGAGUGUCCACCCACUGCCCCCAACAAGUUAUCCAGACAGAUACCAGACAUUGGGGCAGAACUGACAGGUGGGUGCUAUGGAUUUGCAGCUAAAUACAUGCACUGGCCAGAAGACUUAAUAGUGGGAGGUGCAACUCGGAACAAGACUGGGCACAUACAGAGGGCACAUGCUCUCCAAACAGUGGUACAACUCAUGGGGGAGCGGGAGAUGUUUGACUUCUGGUCCGACACAUACAAGGUCCAUCACGUAGAAUGGACACAAGAGAAGGCAGCCUUAGUCCUCGAAACAUGGCAGAGGCGAUUUUCAGAGGAGGUGCGUCGAUAUUUAACAAAUGACAACAGCACAGCACCCUAUGAAGUAUAUGCUUUCUCAACUGCAACCCUAAAUGACAUUCUAAGUCAAUUCUCGGAGCUCAGUAUAGUCAAAGUUAUUGUUGGAUACAUAUCCAUGCUGGCAUAUGCAGGAGUUUCUCAGCUGAGGUGGCAUGACCCUGUGCGGUCACAGGCUGGAGUGAGUCUGGCUGGAGUUCUCCUCGUGUCCAUGACAGUCGCAGCUGGACUCGGCUUUUGUGCUUUGCUGGGCAUUGCUUUCAAUGCUUCUACCACACAAAUAGUGCCAUUCCUGGCCUUAGGCCUUGGUGUUGAUGACAUGUUCUUAUUGACCCACAUGUAUGCAGAACAAGAGCAGGGUCAUAAGGGAUCUCACAGUCAGUACCAACCUAAUGAACAGACGGGCAUGGUGCUCAAGAGGACGGGCCUCAGCAUUCUUCUUACCUCACUAAGCAACAUGUGUGCUUUCUUUGCUGCUGCAAUUAUUCCCAUCCCAGCGCUGCGAGUCUUCUCACUACAAGCAGCAGUUCUGGUGCUAUUCAAUCUUGGGUGCACCUUACUUGUUUUUCCGGCUGUUGUCAGCCUUGAUUUGCGACGACGGCGCUCAGGGCGUGUGGACAUGCUGUGCUGCUGUGUGCCAGGUGGCCUCACAGGCUCUGAAUGGCCUUGCUGCACCCUGCCUCAAGUCCCAGCUGGUCAUUUUGUGCAUGUGGCUCGUAGACGGAGAGGACAGGUUGUGCCAGAACCAACCAAGAAACUUCAAGCAAUCACACGAGCCCUUCCUCCUGACAGACAGCAGACUGUGACUGUGUUGGCACCGCAGGUGGCACCUAUGCAGACCUUGACACCUGAAUGUUGGGUAGGAUCUACAAGGGAACUGCUGACAGUCGACCUUGAAAAGGGACAAGGGGCAGUUGGAGGUUGUGGUGGACAUCACAUUAUGCAUGAGUGCUGGGGCUGGUCCCUCACAAAGUUAGCAGCUACACACUAUGCACCUCUCAUCACAAAAUCACCCGUGAAAGUGGUGUCUAUGGUGACCCUAGUGGUGAUACUAGCAGGGAGUGUGUGGGGAAUCACAAAAGUUACCGACGGCCUUGAUCUCACUGACAUAGUCCCCCAGAACACAGAUGAAUAUGCAUUCCUCAGUGCUCAAGGCCAAUAUUUUGGGUUCUAUAACAUGUAUGCUGUGACACAGGGAGAUUUUGAGUACCCAACCAAUCAGAAGUUACUCUAUGAGUAUCAUGAGGCAUUCAUGCGUGUCCCAAACAUUAUUAAGAAUGAUGAUGGUGGCCUUCCAGAAUUCUGGCUCAGUCUCUUCAGAGACUGGCUGAUAGGAUUACAGAAAGCAUUUGACCGAGACUGGUCUCAGGGAAGCAUAAAACAGGAACGAUGGUUCUCUAAUGCAUCGGAUGAGGGGAUCCUUGCCUACAAACUGCUGGUUCAGACUGGGCAUGUUGACAACCCCAUUGACAAGUCACUUGUCACUCAGGUUAGGCUGGUAGAUGGAGAGGGAAUCAUUAAUCCAAAAGCAUUUUACAACUACCUCAGUGCUUGGGCAUCUAAUGAUGCUUGGGCAUAUGGAGCAUCACAGGGAAAUCUGCACCCAGAACCACGACCUUGGUAUCAUGCUGCAGAAGAUUUUGAGCUGAAAAUCCCCAAGUCUGCGCCUCUGGUAUACACACAGUUGCCCUUCUACUUGCAUGGUUUGGGAGACACGCAGCACAUCAUACAUCUUAUAGCGCAGGUGCGGUUAUUGUGCCAGAAAUUUGAAGAGCGGGGGCUUCCCAAUUUCCCUUCAGGGAUCCCGUUCCUGUUUUGGGAACAGUACUUGGGCCUACGCCAGUCACUGGGGCUGGCUUUGCUCUGUGCUUUGGUUGCGGUCUUCCUGGUCAUGGCUGUGCUGCUGCUCAACUUGUGGGCUGCUACUCUGGUGGUGCUGGCUCUGGCAGCCAUGGUAAUGCAGCUGCUAGGGGUCAUAGGAAUCCUUGGCAUCAAGCUCAGUGCAAUACCUGCAGUCCUACUCAUUGUGGCUGUAGGCAUUGGUGUUCAUUUCACAGUCCACAUAUGCCUGGGGUUUAUGACAAGUAUAGGAUGCAGAGAUCGACGGAUUCGUCUUGCUGUGGAGCACACAUUUGCUCCAGUCACUCACGGAGCCCUUACAACACUUCUUGGCAUCUUCAUGCUGGCAUUCUCAGAGUUUGACUUCAUUGUCAGAUAUUUCUUCUAUGUAUUGCUGGCACUGGUAGUGGUGGGCCUCUUUACUGGACUAGUCUUCUUUCCAGUUCUGCUGUCUUUAAUAGGACCAGCUGCUGAGGUAAUUCCACUUGAAUUCCCUGAUCGCAUUUCAACACCAUCACCACCGCCAUCACCAGUGCAGACAAGGAUAGGGUCAUGCCGAGUUGGCAAAGCCCCCCCACCGCCUAGAAGAGGUCAUGGUGGCAUCCAGUGCAACCGUCUACAUGCAGAGCCAUCCCUCACAACAAUAACAGAGGAAGCGAAUUCGUGGCACUCAACACACGAGAUUGUCGUACAGCCAGAGCUUGUGGUAGAGACCACUACGUAUAGCACUCCACAGAAUAUAAGUCAAACCACAAGUGGCAAUGGCAAUGGCUCGCCAACUGGUCAGGCCUCAACGUCUCAUCCACCUUCAGGGUCUCAGUCACAUGUCACUACAAAAGUUACUGCCACAGCCCAUGUUAAAGUUGAAGUACACACACCACUGCCAGGAGCAGUGGAACGUGACUUGGGAAGCAGCAGUAGCAGCAACAAAAGUCAUUCAAGUCAUCACAGGGACUCUAGCUCAGGCUGUGAGCAUGACUCAUCCUCAGAUAACUCCGGCAAACAGGAUGGCAGCACGUCUUCCUAGCACACAGCUCAAACGUUGCUACAUUGCUCCCAUGAUGAUGAUCAAAACUUGGCCACUAAAUCACUGAAACAGUAACCUGAAUGGGACAGGCGAGAGUCUUGAUGACUUACUUCCCCCUUAGCCCAUGAAAUACAGAUUCAGCACCUACAAGUUGAUGCACACUUGCCCGCUUGAUAGUUUCAUUAUCAUCCAGACAGAUACAGUUCCUUAUCUCUCUAGAACAUCACAUUAAAACAUCAUGAAGUAAGUAACUCUGGAACAAAAGGACAGAUACUAAGUUAAAUGGUUGUGCAUUCAGGGAUGUGGAAUAAAAUCAGAGUAUAGACUCCAUGGAUUUGAGCCCUUGAGAACUGUGUUACUCUUCUGUCCUAAGAUGAAUAGAUAUUAUUGUGUUCAUUAUAUUCCUUUAUGGAAUUAAAAUCUUUUUACACUAACCUUCCAUUCUAGAACACUGAUUUAAAAUUUCUAAAUACAGCUUUCAAAAACAAAGGCCACAAACUGCAGAUGUAGGUGAACACUUCCCAGGUAUUGGUGGGAAGCACAAGUUUGUGAUUAUGUACACCUACUGACCCUAUGUUUACCAAAGCAGUAACUUACAUAUGUCAUGAACUGCCUUUGAAUGCAAACAGUUGCAAUACUUAAUAUACAUUCUGAACAGUAAUCUUUACAAGAAUAACUGAGAUAUAAAACCAAACUCUAAUCUGUUUUUGUAACUUUAAAUACGAAUGUGAAAAACUGUACAGUGUGUGUAAUGGAAGUGACUCUAAAUCAUACAAUGAAAUUGUUUCUUAUGAGGAAGAGGAAUGUAUUUAUAAAUGCACCUUUAAAUGCCAAAUUAAACACUGGGUGUUGUCCCCAUGACACCUAGUUAUGUCACACUUUAAUGUGAUGUUUAUAUAGCAUACUUUAAUUCAUGAACCCUUUUCCUAUUCAUAUUAAAUUUGGCAAGGCAAGAUUUAAUAAUAUAUAUAAAUAUGGAACUGUUUCAGACAAAAGUUUUAUAUUUAUUACUAGUAUACAUAUUUAUCUUAUGUACAUAUUUUUUUAUAUGAUGAACCAUAAGAAAAUACACAACAAAUACUAUUUCAUGGUACUUAAUUCUCAGGAAUGUUUUACUAAUAUUUUUAAUGAAACAGAAAAUCAUUACCAUGAAAUAUCCAUUGUUAGACUUGACAGCCUUUCAAGCCUUACUUCAGUCACUUCUCUGAAGGCACGCUUGCCUUUCGGGCAAACUCUGGAAGCAACUCAUUUUGCUAAACAGCUGCAGGACACAAUUCUAGGGUAAGAAAUGAUUAUUGCUACUGACGCAUUAAAUAAAAAUGUUUUGGAUGGUCUCAGGAAGCUGUCAGGCAUUCAUUGCCAUAGCUUGUCAGUCUGGAAACGUCAUAGACUUCAGAGUGAAUGUGUGAGACUGCCCUGAUCUGAGAGCAUUGCGCCAUUACAUUAAGAGUUAAAGAAUGGAAAAUUCAUGUGAUAAUGAAGCAUUUAAUUUCUGAUAAUAUGUGCGAUAUGGCUUACAUUAGAAUACUGGCAAUUUUUGGAGUUCAUGCUGAGGUCAUGUUUUAAAAAAAAAUUAUGUUCUCAUAUGUGUAUGUAAGACUCAUUCUGAUGUGUACCCCAAAGGCAACGCACAGUGCCUUAAAAAUAAGUACUAUAUUUCGACUCUGUGUUUAUGCUCAAAAGGCAUGCAAAAAAGGGUGGUGUGUUUUGAUGGUUAUGGCGUCUCGCAUUUUGGUGAGAAGUGUUAACAGAGGCAUCAGAAGCAAAGAGACUAAUAUACUCUCAGCUUGUAUGUAUGUUACCAGUGCCUUAAAACUCAAAACGAGAUGAGGCAUCAAGCAGUAUAUAUUUCAAAUUCUUUGUGUGCGUGUAUAUAUAUAUAUUUUAACAACGAUCAGUUUAACAUUCAACUGAGGCACAAACUGACCACCAGAAGCAACCUAGUACCUGGUUUCCAUUCACAUCCAUAUUACAGUCUCAUAUACUGGACAUUCUACUGUUGGCGCUAUGCUUCCAAUAUGCAGUUAAUAGAACGUAGCCCUAAAAGUACUUUCUUUUACAAUUUAAUAAUUUCAUUCUAAAUCCUGUAUGUUGACCAAUAUCAGAUCUAUCUAAGCAGCAACACAUGUUGGGUUUGUAGCUGUUAUGGGCAAUGGGGCUACACGAAAAUUAUCUACAAAAUUGUGAUUGGAUGUCAAAUUCGUAUAAGAGUAAUUCUAUUAUAUUUUCAAUAUGGCAUUAAUUAAUUUUUAACAUGAAAUUAAAGAGCCCUUAGCAGAGGUUAUAGCUAAAAUUUUCAAGUAGUGAAUGCACCUCUUCUUUAAGCUUUGACAGAGUUGAUAUUCAUUCAUGUGAUACAGGAGUAAUUGAAUUGCUGGAGGACAUGAGAAUAAUAUUAUGACAGAACCAAUGCAAAUGUUUGUACUUUCAUCAAUGAUAUUUGUAAAGAGCAUUUGUGACACCAUAUCACAAAGUUCAUUAAGAAAUGUGUAAUAAGAAUGUAAAAGAUCUUGUUUUGCAUUAGGAACUGAAUUAAAAAUGGUACACAGCAAAUAAUAUUGGAUAAACAAAGGGCAUAGUACCUCAGUUUACCCUGCCAAUUUUCAUUCCACCAACUGCUCUACAUUCAUUAGUCAUCCUGUCAUCAAACAUUAUAUAGUCAGGAUGCUGACAGCAGCAUUGUUAAAUAACAAACCAAUUACUACUGCAGAAAAGAAAAAAAAAUUAUGCUCACAGGAACCUGUUUUUCACUGAGCACAGCAAAUGGAACAGAGAGCAGACAGGAAUAUAAGCAUCAACAAUAGAAACCAGAUUCACCCAACAAGAACUGCAUUUAUACUCUCUUACGUUGCUGCAAUGGAAGAGAUUACUGGACUUUACUGAAGCAGUUUACAUAAAUACUCAUCAUAUAUAGAUAUUUGUGACACUUGUAACUGGAGCAACUGAGAGCCAGAAGUACUGCUUCACCCACAUACAGAGGGAUGCACAAAAUUCCAGUCAUUCUCAAACUGUUUGUGUUGUUUAUAUUAGUUUUGGCUUCAUUCAUAAUUUCUGGAACACUCACCUGCAACAUAAACAUUAAACAAAAUAAACAGUGAAAAUGUGAAUAAAGCUAAUAUUACUUCUUGGCACUUAUGUAUUCAGAGGGUAAAGUGGGGUACAGUGAGGUAUUCUGCAUACACCAAGCAUGGCUAUGUAAUUUAUAGAUGGAAGGAAUCAUAAUAUUUUUAAUUCUUAAAUAUUUUACAUCUCAGAUGACUUUAUACUUUGAGAAAUAUGAUUCAAUGGGAACAUUUACUAGUAGGUAAGGACAUAGCCAUGAAAAUAAAGGUGAAAAAUUUUAAAACACUGGAUAUGGUUUUCUUUCAGCUAAGAUUCAAGAACAUUCAAUUGCCAUGCAGGACAAAAUCUGCCAUGUGUUAAAAGAUUAAAUUUCAUUUUGUACAAAGCAAAGUGUUGACAAAUAUAUUUUCUUGAAAUCAGGACUUGCAGAAACAUUUUUGAAAACAAUUUAUUAAUUGUAUCACGUUAAGCAUAUAGCAUGUUCAGAAUUCAAACAUGCAGAAGACUGUCCCGCAGUAAUAAAUACAAUGUAUAUGUACAAUGACCAAAACAACAGUGAGGCUUACCAUGAAAGUUUUCAUAUAGUCAUGUAACUUCUUUCUUGCAGCAAUUUUAUCAUAUAAAAAUCAAUUAUAUUUUAUUAACCAUUAUUUAUAAAAGAAACCAAACUCUUUCCCAUGAAUAAUAUAUGCAAUGUUUUUAAAUAUAACAAGUUUGUAUACUAGUAACAUUGUUCUUCAUUCAGGCAUUAUUGUAGUGCCAGUUUUACCAAUGUGUAAUUUUGUAUAUUUCAACUUGUACCUCUGUGUAUAAGGUACAGACAAUAUUUUAUUAUUAUUUAUGAAGGAGAAGCGGAUCAGUGUGAGGAAAUGUGAGUGUGUUCUGUGACACCUUCGCAAUAUUAUCAGACACAGCUGCUUGAAUACCAUUACAGUCAUCUUUGAAACCAAGUAUUUCUGUGUGCAGCCUGAUUAUAAAUUUACUUUAAUUACAAAAUGUAAUCUCUACACUGACUGAAGGUUGUGCUGUACAGUUACGUGCAAACAUAUCACAAAAAGUUAAGGUCAUGCUUAUUUGCAGGACUAGCUUUAAAUAAUGCCUUGUCACAGUGAAACAAUUUUAAGAUGAUGUGAGGCUGCUAGAAAUUUUGCUCAGACUUAAUCUGAGGGGUAUGUGGGAGCAGUAUGCUUCAUGCUCUCUGCCUGGUCCCUCAGAUUGCAUAAUCACAACCCCUGGUUCCUCGUUAGGAUUUGCAAUGGAUAAGUGAAAAUAAGCAAGAUUUGAGGUUCUCAUAGGGGUGACUAUGAAGAGAACCAGCUCCUGGGAUGUGACAUCAGGCAGUCUAGUGUUCACUGACAUUUUGGAGGAACAUACUGCUUUCAUUUGAAGUGUCAACAAAUAAGCAGUGCAAGUAGUGCUGCAGCUUACGCUUUGACCCUGAAUAUGGAGGCAGCAUGUUCCUCCUGAACAUUGGCAGAUACCUACUGCAUACACAGAUGGCAUCACAUCCCAGAAGAUAGUGUUCUUCAAGUUUAAAGAAAUCAUUCCAUGUGAUUAGACCAUUUAUGCAUACCACAUACAAUCACGUGACUGAAGAAAUUAUCACCUGUAUAUACAAAAGUCCUGUGGGAACAUCUCACAUAUUAUCACACAUUUCUCCAACGCUCGCUAUUCAGCUCACUUUUCACCUACCACGCGCGCUUCCAAUCACGUCGGGGUCACCAAUGUGGGAUGUCAUAUGAAGAGACAACCACUAGUUGAACUGUAGAAUCUAGAACUGUAACUGAACUGAACCGAACCCGACGUGAUUGGAAGUGCACGUGGUAGGUGAAAAGUGAGCUGAAUAGCGAGCGUUGCAGAAAUACGUGAUAAUAUGUGGGAUGUUCACACAUCCCCAAACUGUGAAAAGCUGUGUGCAUUAGUAUAAAUUGUUUCAGGUAUGAAUACAAUGGACUAUGGAAGUGCCUCAUCUCUUUCAUCCCAUACAGAAACAACACGAACGAAAAGGAGUAGCUUUUCUUGUAAAAAGAUGUACAGAUUUUCUUGUAACAAGCAGAUGGAACCACCAUUGUAAUUAUAAGCACUAUCAUAUUGUAAGUAUUGUACGUCAAAUGAAAAUAGCUGUAAUUUUAUUUUUUAAGUAUAAAGUAUAUUUUAAUGCAAUGUUAAUUCACAACAAAAUGACAUUUGCUAUUAAUAUAAUAUAAAGUGAAAGUACCUUUAAUGGAUAUUCUUGCUUAUCCCAAAUAGGGUGCAGAAUGUAUGCAUGUGUAUGGCAUAGAUGUGGAAGACAUUAAACUGUGUAAUUGAAAGUA